AUGGAGAGAUUGGUGGAGCUAAGGCCAAAGCUACAACAAAUGUUUGUGAGCGAUGCUUACAAUGCAAGGCUAGAGUCAAGGACAGAUUCUGGGAUAGCAUGCCGAGGAAUUGUGUUCAACAAUACAUACUGGAACGAGGUUAACCACAUGCUGGGUGUUUCAAGGAGGGUGAUGCAUUUGCUACGAAUGGUUGACGGAGACGUGCCUGUGAUUGGGAAGGUCUAUGAGGGGAUGGAUCAAAUGAGCGAGAACAUCCGUCAACAAGAGGAGAACAAUCUUAGGUAUGAGGAGCUAAACCAACUGAUUUCAAACAGGUGGUGGGCUUAUCAUAGCACCUUUCACUCCGUGGCAUACAUGCUUGAUCCAGAGUUUCAGGGGAACUUGGAGGGUAGUUUUGGCACCAGGGACUCUCAGAUGGAUCGUACAACAAAGGGUUCUGUGCAGUGGUGGGAGGAUAAUGGCUACUCAGGUCUAGAUUUGCAAAGGUUGGCAAUUCGAGUGCUUAGUCAGACAAGUUCUUCCUCAUUUGUGGGGCGAUUGUUCAGCAUUUUUGGGCACAUCACUUCAAAUAAGAGGAAUUGCUUAGUAGUAAGCCGGAUUGCAAACUUGGUAUUUGUGGCCAAUAAUACCAAGUUGAUAGGGAGCCACACUUCCUAUGACAAGUUUGUGGGAUUGAGCCAGACAAGAAGUAUUCCUCAAAUUACUGAUGCUGAUAUUGAAGCUAUGGAAGAAGAGGACGAAGACGAAGAUGAUGAUCUUGCUAAUGAGGAGCUUCUAGAUGAGAUGGAAGAAGUCGUUUGGCUGCCGGAUGCUGGAUCUCUUGGUGGCACCUCUUGGACAUCCGGCAUGAUUUCAGGCGCUUGGCUGUUAUUUCAAUCUGCUGGAGCCACAAGCUCGUGGAGCGUGAUCGCUUGA